AGUUCUAACACUACUUGUAUUGUCAAAAAUAAUUUUGUUUUAUAUUGGAUUUGAUUUUUUUAAAUUGAAUAUAACGUCGACGAUACCUAAUUCGUCAGUUUAGUUACUGAUUGUAUAAAUGGGAGACUUCGGGUUAGAAUAUCGAAUCUUGGAAAUUGGUGAUAUGGAGGACACAAUGGUAUUUUUGCUCAAAAAUUUAAUUUCUAGGCAACCGGUUUCUUUACAUCUGAAUGUUAACAAAGGUGACUGGAAAACACACUUCACGCCAAUUUUGGAGAGUGGAGUAUCACAAGCUGUCAGCAUCGGUGUGUUCGACAAAUCAAUUCUGUGUGGUGUUGCUAUCAACUUGUUAUCUCAAGUAAGCCAGCAAGGUCCAAGUCCAAGGAAAGCUACACCAAUAAAAAUCAGACAAGCAUUGCAGUUAUUACAAAGUAUGUCACAAAAUUUCAAAGAAAAAAACUUCCUUGAAAUUUUCAUAAUUACGGUGAAGCAAGAUUAUACGAAACGUGGAAUUGCGUCUCGGCUAUGUGUGAAAUCUGAAGAAAUAGCCAGAAAACUCGGACUUAGUUGUCUGUCAAUAACUUGCACAAGUGCCUACAUGCAAAGAGCCGCGAACCGCCUGGGUUACCAAACGAUGGAAAAGACUUUUUAUAAAGACUACAUCGAUCCGAUCACAAGUGAAAAAAUAUUCAAGACAAUGCCCGAACCACACGAGUGUUGUUUAUUCAUGAUCAAGCGUCUUUAGAUGUACCAGCUAUGGUGAAAAUAUAUUAUUCAGAACUUGGGAUGAGAUAGUCAAUUCUUAGAUUAUGAUCUCAGUAUUACCAACAAAGUUUAUCUUUUUAACUCCAACGUCCGAUUUCAAAUGGAAAGAUAUGAGAAUGAAGAGCAUCCAUACUUCGCAGACUCGUGGGAUGACCAGCAGCCAACGUUCAUAAAUGACCUAUCACAGUUUGGGUAAUAUUGUAUGUUACACAGAAACACUCCACAAAUGAUUUUUUUUUGGGGAUUAGCUCGUAGAAUCAGCUUUUACGCAAUUUCGAAACACUCUUUUUUAUCCAUAUAGUU